AAAUCCGCGAGUUUUUGAGGAAAAAUCGGGAUUUCAAGUGGCCACAGAUCGGUGGAAAAGGUAUUUCCGCUGUGUUUGAGCAGUGUCCUUCCGGUGGUGGAUGGCAAAAACGUAAGCGCGAGCGAUGAUGGAAGGUGUGAAAAUAGAGCGAAUCCUGGCAAACGCCGCGGAUGACAGCAGCAACACGAACGAUGCCGCCAGCAUGAUCAACGCGAACGCAACCGGCAAUCCGGUAACAUCCGGAGGGGUAACCUCCCUGAUCAUGGUGCCGUUUACUCCUAGCACCCCCGGGAAGGAAUCCGUUAGACCGCAGAAUGUGCGGCGCUCGGCACCGGCCAAACCGACGUUCGAGAAAGACAAAUACAGCUUUCUGUGCGAUCUGCAGAUGUUCCACGACAAGAAUGGGACACCAUACACGAAACUUCCCAAAAUUAGCGGCCGUGAAGUCGAUCUACACAAACUGUACUCGGUCGUUAUCAGUCGCGGUGGAUGGAUGAAGGUUAAUGCCCGGGAAGAUUGGGACGAGGUGAUCGAAGAACUGGAGCUACCGAUGCGCUGCGUAAACAAUGAGAUCGCCUUGAAGCAGAUCUACAUUCGUUUCCUGGAUCGGUACGAACGCGUCAAUUUUCAUGGCGAGGAUAAGGAUCCGGCCGAAGAUGAGGAUGACGAGAAGCGGCUACAUCGGCGGUGGUCCGUUCGGGCACUACAUUCAAUGCCGAGCGUUUACAACCAUCACCAGCACAACGUGCCGGAUGCGUUACGAUCGUCGCUUAAGCUGUCGGACGAUCUGUACCGUGCUUCGGAGUACGAUAAGUUGAUCCUAUCCCUGCUAUCGCCCCUACCGAACGAGCAGGACUUUGCGAUCAACGUGUGCACGCUGAUGUCGAACGAGAACAAACACACGCUGCACAUUGAUCGCUGCCCACGGCUAGUGUACGCACUGUUGGCGCACGCCGGCGUCUUCAAUCACUUCACGCUACGCGAUACGUUCAAUGAGUACUACUCAAACAUCCGCAAGAACUCGUUGCAGCGCUUCUGGAAGGAAUGUUUGUUCGAAAAGCCACAAGUGCUUGAGCUGUCGCUGGAGGAUUGUUUCGCCAAGAUGGGCACCGAUCCGAGUGCGCUCAUUGCCAGCAUCUACCACGAUGAGGAGGAACUGGAAAGAGAGAAAGCGGAAUACGCCGAUGAUGCGCUGGAUUCGGGUGGCGACCAGAAUGAUGGCCGAAGUCGCUUAAGCAUGGCCACGUUGCGUACCUUUCUCAGCCUUGGCACGGGUCUGGGCACAAACGAUUACAUCGGCCAGCGAGUACUUCAAAUUGCAGCAAUCUUUCGUAAUCUAAGCUUUAACGAGGAAAACCUAUCUCUACUUGGCCGCAACCGCACCUUUGUCCGGUUUCUCAUCAUGUGCGCCAAUGCGCGCUGGAACAAUCUACACCACAUGGGCCUCGAUAUGCUCGGUAACAUUGCCCACGAUAUCGACUUGAACGAUCCUCAGUCGGACGAGGUGACGCGUUGCCUGCUGUCCACUCUCUCGGAGGGACUGGAAGGUGCCGAUCGCGGUGUAAUCAUCAGCUGUCUCGAGGUGCUGAGUAAAAUCGCACAGAAAGAAUCCAACGAGGACACCCUGAAUCGGUGCCUAAACCAGGAGCUGUACAAUCAAAUCACACUUUUUCUCUGUCUGAACGACAUUAUGCUGCUACUGUAUACGCUCGAGUGUAUCUAUUCGCUGACCUCGAUGGGCGAAAAGCCCUGCCACGCGAUCAUGCACAUCCGGGGCGUACUGGAGACGCUGGUUUCGCUCGUGACGGUCGAAGCACAAAGCUACGGCCCCGAUGCUUGCAUUCUGAUGCGAGUGGUAGAAACCAUUCCGGGCAAUAUUGCUACCGGCCAGCAGCAGGCACCGUAUCACGGAACCGCGGUACCCGGUUCAGCUACCACGAUGGCCCAGCUUACCGUGCACAAGGAUCCACCGCAUGGAACCCCUGCUACCGGUGUCCCAUACCCGACACAGGAAACUCCAAAACAUCAUAUGGUCAACAGCAAUAAUCCGUUGGUAGCUGCUGCUGCUGCCGGUAACAAACCGAUGCCCGCGCUAUCGAUACCAUCGGUUCCGCAGCAACAACAGCCAGCACAACCAACGAACAACCAACAGACGAUGGUGGCUACCAACUCUCGUCCACCAGCAGCCAAUUCACCGCAAACCGGCAACGUGCUAGUGCAACGAACGGAAGCAAACACGGCUGCUAUCGUGCAAUCCCCUGGCCAGUCCACGAUCGUGAACAACACCAGCUCGCUAGCUGCCAAACACUUUCAGCAGCAGCAGGUACUGGAGAGCGAACAGUUUGCGAGCGCCUGGCUGAAGGCAACGUUCGAGCUGCAUUCCGCUCCAGCCAUUCGCACCGAUCAGCAGGAGGUGUACAAGCUGUACAUGGCAACGAAUGCAAAGCUCGGACGGAAGGUGAUCGUACCGGUGCCUCACUUUCCGCGCUGCGUCCGUGGC